GACUUCUGAAUGGUGGAGUCAUUUGUCAGUUACAGGGUGGUCUUGUGAAGUUUUCAUUGAGGAGGAGAAAAGUGUCAUCAUAUGAGGUAAAGCAUAGAGCUGUGCGGGGCUGGGGCGUGCGCGAUGUCUGUUAAAGCUACUCCGAAAGAAAUUAUAGUCACGCUUUUACGCAUUUCCAAGUGUCUUCUCUUACCAAACUAAAGGAGAAUUAAGAAACAGGACGCUUGACAAACUCCGUUAACUAUCCAAGACGGAGAUUAUGAAUAUGCAACUUGCUGACCGUAUUUCAUAAUUGUUUUCUGUUUUAAGCACGGCGCUGGAAUUUGGGCAAGUAUUUAUUUACUAUAAGCGUGGUCCAACCGUUAUCAACAGGUAGCCUAGUGUGGAUAAACUGCAACACUGUUGUUACAACCACAGUUUCCCCCUGUUAGAAAUGGUGUGCUACUCCGCGUAACGAUUGUUAUCCUACUGGCCCAGAUGUUUAGGGUCUUGGAUAUGGGGUGUCGAAACUAAGGGCAGAGGAAGCAGCUGUGCCUAAACUUUUCUCGGCUGUUGGCUAUGGCUUAUCAAAAGCGCUGUUUUGGACUUGGACUUCUAAAAAGGAUGUUGGAGACACCAACGGGACAAUGCCCUGUCACUUGGACUUUGGAGAGAGCUGGACGGGUGCAUUAAGAUUCCCCAAUGCCAGAUAGCAGCGUAUCACAAUAAGACAGCUGCCUGUUUAUAUUUGAUAAAUCUUAAGGAAUGGCUUCCCAGGUGGUGUGCGGACUGAUCUUCAGGCUGCUGCUGCCAGUUUGUCUCGCUGCAGCGUGUCUGUUCCGGUACAAUGCCCUGUCCUUCAUCUACCUCAUCUACCUCCUGCUCAUCCCAUUGUUCCCAGAACCCACCAAAACAACAAUGCGAGGUCACACAGGGCGCCUGCUCAAGUCCCUGUGCUUCACAAGUAUAGCCUUCCUGCUUCUGCACAUCAUCUACCAGGUCACCGUCAACAGUCUGCUAGCAGGAGACAACCUAGAACCCAACUUCAACUGUUCAACAUGGGAGAAGUCGGUUCGACAGCUGGGCUUGGAAAGUGUCCGAGGUGCCGAUGCAGGGAACGGGAUCCGUGUGUUCGUCCCAGACAUCGGCAUGUUCGUGGCGGGCCUGGUCACGUGGCUGCUGUGCCUGAGUCUGGAGGAGAAGCAGCAGGUGAAAGACACGUCGCAGCAGCACAACCCAUCAUUUGAAAAUAAGGAAGACAAGGAGGAGGAGAAAAGGGAGGCGGAGGACGACCUGGUGUUCGAGGAGGAAUUUGAACACGGGGAUGGAGAGAUGACCGGGGACGAGGAGGAGAGCACUAAGAUGAUAAUCCUUCGUCAGAUAGCGGCGGUGGCGUCCAAAGUCAAGGAGAUCAUUGGGAAUCUUAUUACCACUGCAGGGAAAGUAGUGGUCACCAUAUUACUGGGCCUUACAGGCAUCAUGCUGCCCUCCCUGACCUCUGCGGUGUACUUCUUCACCUUCCUGGGCCUGUGUACCUGGUGGUCCUUCUGUCGGACCUUCCACCCGCUCAUUUUCAGCUGUCUGUGUGUCCUCAUGGCCAUCUUCAGUGCUGGACACCUGGUGGUUCUCUACCUCUACCAGUUCCAGCUCUUCCAGGAGCUCAUCCCACCCGGGGAUAGCUACGCCAGUCUGUUUGGCAUCUCGUCUGUGGUACAGACUGACUGUUCCUACACCUGGAUGUUCCGGGUCAACCCGGCGCUGGCCUGGCACCACUAUGUCAACCCCAUCAUGCUGCUGGUGCUCUACUACACCCUGGCCACGCUUAUACGCCUCUGGCUCCAAGACCCCACAGACAUGUUGAAUUCCACCCAAGAUGGAUACAGCACAUCUGAGGUGUUGAUAGUAACCUCCAACGGGUCUCGUCCGGACUAUGUCCCCACCAGCGGGCCGCUGGGACUGGACCAGUACUCCACACCGCAGUACAAACCAGACCAACCAGGGCCAGACCUGGCAGAGAGAAAGGACAGCAGUGUGUAUGAGGUGGCGGGGGUGCGUGGCGAGGGUUCGGGAGAAGAGACAGCGGGAGGGGCGAAGGCGACUGCGCCAGAGGAGGAGGGGGGAUCGCCACGAGCAAACGCCGCGGUAACAACCUUCAGGUUCAUCAUGAAGCAAAGCUACAUCUGUGCUCUCAUCGCAAUGAUGGUGAGUCAGAAGGAGGAGGAGGUGGAUGAGAGCGGUGGCCACAGGGAGAUGAUGCAGGUGCUAGGCAACACGCUCACGGCCAUGCUGAACAAGUACUGGAUCUACAUCUGCGCCGGCAUGUUCUUCUUUGUCAGCUUCCAGGGACGCAUCGUCAUGUACAAGAUCAUCUACAUGAUGCUCCUCCUCUUCUGUGUGGCCUGCUACCAGGUGCACUAUGAGUGGUGGAGGAGGAUGCUGAAGUACUUCUGGAUGUCUGUGGUGUUCUACACCAUGCUGGUCCUCAUCCUGGUCUACACCUUCCAGUUUGACUCCUCCAUCCACGUCUGGUCCAACAUGACCGGCAUGAGUAAAGACAAACUGGAGGACCUGGGUCUGGAGAAGUUCUCUGUCCCGGCUCUGUUCACAAGGAUCUUCCUCCCCACCUCCUUCCUGUUGGUCUGCAUCCUCCACCUGCAUUACUUCCACCAGCACUUCCUCCUGCUCACUGACAUCAAGACGGUGGCCGACAAACAGAAGAGCACAAUCACUAGGCUGGUGCACCUAGAUGGCAGUCUGGCAGACAUCUCUCUGAUCAAACCCACCCUCACUGUGACCACCAAAGAGGAAGAGGCUGGGGAGAAGGUGCAGCUGGAAGAGGAGGAUGAGAAGGAGGAGAAUAGAAGUUAUGAGGAGGAGGAGGAGAUGAGGAGGUAUGAAGAACCACUGGAGCACUGCAGCAAGGCAGAGAGCUACCCCUGCCCCCCCAAAGCACAACCAGAGUCUCCGGUCGACGAGAUGUCAGACCUGAGGAGUAAGUGGUAUCUGGUGGUGGACCGCCUCACGGUGCUCUUCCUCAAGUUCCUGCAGUACUUCCAGCAGCUGCAGCUGACCGUCUGGUGGCUCCUGGAGCUCCACAUCAUCAAGAUUGUCUCCUCCUACAUCCUCUGGGUCUCCAUCAAAGAGGUGUCUCUGUUCAACUACGUGUUCCUGGUGAGUUGGGCGUUCGCCCUGCCCUUCAGUCAGUUCAGGCCCCUGGCAUCCAGCGUCUGUACUGUCUGGACCUGUGUCAUUAUCGUCUGCAAGAUGCUCUACCAACUCACCUCUAUAAACCCCUCUACAUACUCCAACAACUGCUCCAUGCCUCUGAACUACACGGAUGCCCAGAGGAGUGAGAUGGCCCACUCCCUGCUCUACAGCGCCCCUGUGGACCCAGCCAACUGGGUGGGCCUCCGCAAGUUCUCCCCCCUACUGGAGAACCUGAGGAACAACCUGUUGAUACUGGCCCUGCUGGCGUUCGAGGUGACCAUCUACCGUCACCAGGACCUGUACCGCAUGAGGAACAACCUCACCACCCCCGUCACCAGAACCAUCUUCCAUGACAUCACCCGGCAACACCUCGACGACGGCAUCCUCAACUGUGCCAAGUACUUCCUCAACUACUUCUUCUACAARUUCGGCCUGGAGACAUGCUUCCUGUUAGCGGUGAACGUGAUUGGCCAGAGGAUGGACUUCUACGCCAUGCUCCAUGCCUUCGGCCUGAUCGCGGUCAUCUACCGCCGGCGGCGAAAGGCCAUUGCUGAGAUCUGGCCCAAGUACAGCUGCUUCCUGGCCUGCAUGCUCACCUUCCAGUACUUUGUCUGCAUCGGCUUCCCACCGGCCGCCUGCAAAGACUACCCAUGGAGGUUCCCCUCAUCCUCCACAGACUCCAACGUCAUCAAGUGGCUCUAUUUCCCUGACUUCCACACCAAGCCCAACCCCCUGUUCCUGCUCUAUGACUUCAUGCUGCUGCUGUGUGCCUCACUGCAGAGGCGGGUGUUUGAGGAGGAGAACGAGGCUGCCGUGCGCCUCUUGGCCGGGGAUAACGUGGAGAUCUGCAGGGACCUGGACGCCGCCUCCUUCAGUCAGCACAACCCCGUUCCUGACUUCAUCCACUGCAGAUCCUACCUGGACAUGCUGAAGGUGAUCAUGUUCAGCUACCUCUUCUGGUUCGUGCUCACCAUCAUCUUCAUCACGGGCACCACGCGCAUCUCCAUCUUCUGUAUGGGCUACCUGGUGGCCUGCUUCUACUUCCUGCUCUUCGGGGGUGACCUGCUGCUCAAGCCAAUCAAAAGUAUCCUGCACUACUGGGACUUCCUGAUUGCCUACAACGUGUUUGUGAUCACCAUGAAGAACAUACUCUCGAUACUAGCCUGUGGGUACAUAAAAGUCCUGGUCACCGAUCACUGUUGGCUCAUUCAGCUCUUCAGCCUGGCCUGCACUAUAAAGGGCUAUUCUAAACCUGAGCAGCACAGCCACAAGCAGUGUGAGUUGCCUAGCGACGAGGCAGGCAUCAUCUGGGAUAGCAUCUGUUUUGCCUUCCUGUUGCUACAGCGACGUGUUUUCAUGAGCUACUACUUCCUGCACGUAGUCGCCGACAUCCGCUCCUCACAGAUCCUGGCCUCCAGAGGGGCUGAGCUGUUCCAGGCGACCAUAGUGAAAGCUGUCAAAGCCAGGAUCGAAGUGGAGAAAAAGUCUAUGGACCUGCUGAAGAGACAAAUGGACCGCAUCAAGAGUCGGCAGCAGAAGUUCAAGAGAGGCAAGGAGAGGAUGUUGAGCUUGGUGCAGGAAAGCGUAGACGCCAAGGAUGAGGAGGAGGAUGAUGAAGAUAAAGAAAAUACCGACAAAGAGAAGAGCAAGGGGAAGACAAAGAAGCAGUGGUGGAGGCCAUGGGUGGACCAUGCAUCCAUGGUGAGAAGUGGUAACUAUUACCUGUUUGAGACUGACAGUGAAGAAGAGGAGGAAGAGGAGGAUAAAAAGGAGGAAGAGCCACCCAAGAAGUCUGCAUUUCAGUUUGUGUACCAUGCCUGGAUCACCGACUCCAAGACGGCUAUGAAGGAGCGCAGCAAGGAGAAACGCCGCUUCUGGAAGAAAUACACUGAAGGGAGCAGCAGCAAGCCACGGGAAGAGGACCUGAGGGAAGCUGUUCAUGUUGCUGUUGAAGUGGAGGAUCAGAAGGAGAUGGAGGAGAAGAAAGACGGACCAGACAACAUCCUGAAGCGAGUCUUCAACAUUGUCAAAUUCUCCUGGGUGUUGUUCCUGGCCAUGUUGGACAGUUUCACAGCCUGGAUCAACUCGAUGUGUCAGGAACACCUGGACAUCUCCACCGUGCUGCGCAUUGAGCGCUGCAUGCUCACGCACGAGGUCAAAAAGGGGAACAAGCCUUCGCGGGAGAGCAUCCACGUGUACUACCGCAAGCAGAUGUGCAAGGCUGCGUCCAUUGAGUCUGGCCUGGAGAGAACCGAUGAGGAGACGUGCCAGGACUGCAUCCCCCACAAGGCCGAGCGGCAGAGCUGUGUCUAUCUGGAGAGCCAAGACCCUAUGGUGUCUCAUGACAGCCUGUCCAGUGCGUACACAGAGAACGCCCUGCUCUGCUCCUGUCGUUCCACACUGGACCACACUGAUAUGGGUCCUGACAGCAUCCAGAUGCCCAGGACCAGCGAGCGUGCCCAUCCUAAACUCUGCAAGAUGGAAGGCCUAGACCUUGAGUCCACCUCCUCAACCGACAGCAGAGACAGCCAGGCCAGUGAGCACACCCAGUGCAUAGCCACCUGCUCCUGCCAGGGCACCACCAACACCAUCAAAGUGACAGGAGAGGAGCCAGGCCAGGACCUCCAGGACCCACACUCCUCCUACACCGAGACCCCAUCCACCUCCACCUCCAUGGGGCURUACCUGGACCAUGAGGGGAGUCUUCUCUCCAGGUCUAGGGGAAUGGACUGGGACACCCGGGACAGGGUCCUAGAGACCGAACGGGCAGGGUGGGGGAGGGGACCGUGCUACGCCCACCACAGUGAGCUCCAGCUCUACCAGGCAGACCUCUCUGGUACCACCCCCACAGACACAGACAUCCCCCCCUCAUACAGCAGGGCCACGGGCCUGGACAGGGAGGGGGCCGAGCAGGUCUCAUCCAGUAGGACCCAUCAUGAGAAGAGGCUAGUUGUGGUGACGCCCGACGAGAAGUCAGAUUUUCUGUCGGGCGUCACGAGCACCACGUUUCCCUCGCUCACCCACGAGCUGACCGCCAGCGAUCUGCUACGCAAUAGGAUGUUCUACGACGAGGAGCUGGAAGACUCUGAACGUUUCUACGGCAACCAGCCGGCGCUGCUCCAGCUGCUCUAUGCUCUCUACAACAUGCUGGUGGCCCACUCAGAGAUGGUGUGUUUCCUGGUCAUCAUCCUCAACCACAUGAUCUCAGCGUCCGUGGCCACGCUCGUUCUGCCCAUCCUCAUCUUCCUCUGGGCCAUGCUGUCUGUCCCAAGGCCCAGCAAACGCUUCUGGAUGACCGCCAUCGUCUACACAGAGGUCACCAUCGUGAUCAAGUACUUCUUCCAGUUUGGUUUCUUCCCCUUCAACCAGAACAUUGAGCUGGACAUGUCCAAACCCUUCCACCCUCCCAACAUCAUUGGUGUGGAGAAGAGGGAGGGAUACGUGCACUAUGAUCUGGUUCAGCUGCUAGCUCUGUUCUUCCACAGAUCUAUUCUCAAGUGUCAUGGGCUGUGGGACGAGGAUGACCCCAGGGGAGGAGGGGGAGAAACCCCUAAGCAGCACCACCCUGACAGGGAGAAGAGGUCCAGCUCCAGGCGUGUGGAGAAGCAGGCCUCGGGGGGCAGUAGCUCCCUGCUGGAAUCGGUACGCGCCCGCUUCCCCCGCCGCUUCCACUCCCUGUCCACCUCCACCCAGCUGCGCCGCAAGAGCUCCAGCGCCGCCUCCCACCUCUCCCAGCGCACCCUGCGCUCCGGCCACUCCAGAGGAGACAGUGUGAGCUCAAGGCAGAGCCUACGGAGAGGGGACAGUGUGCGGAGUGUCCAGCAGAGGAGCAAGAAGGAGAAGAUCCUGGACAAACUCAGAGAGCAGCUCAUCAAAGCUAAGAGCUUCAUUGUCAAGAAAACUCUAGAGAUGUACAUCCCCAUCCGUCAGUUCUUCUACAACCUGAUCCACCCAGAGUACAGUGCUGUGACAGACGUCUAUGUGCUCAUGUUCCUGGCCGACACUGUGGACUUUAUCAUCAUCGUCUUCGGCUUCUGGGCUUUUGGGAAACACUCUGCCGCAGCUGACAUCACUUCCUCCCUGUCGGAGGACCAGGUUCCCGAGGCCUUCCUGGUGAUGGUACUGAUCCAGUUUGGCACCAUGAUCAUCGACCGAGCACUCUACCUCCGCAAGACUGUCAUGGGAAAAGUCAUCUUUCAGGUCAUCCUGGUGUUCGGCAUCCACUUCUGGAUGUUCUUCAUCUUGCCUGGAGUCACAGAAAGACGGUUCAGUAAGAACACAGUGGCUCAGCUGUGGUACUUUGUCAAGUGCAUCUACUUUGGCCUGUCGGCCUAUCAGAUCCGCUGUGGCUACCCCACCCGUGUCCUGGGCAACUUUCUCACCAAGAGUUACAACUACCUCAACCUAUUCCUCUUCCAAGGGUUCCGUCUGGUCCCGUUCCUGACAGAGCUGCGAGCAGUGAUGGACUGGGUGUGGACGGACACCACUCUCAGCUUGUCCAGCUGGAUCUGUGUAGAGGACAUCUACGCUCACAUCUUUGUUCUCAAGUGCUGGAGGAUGUCAGAGAAGAGGUACCCCCAGCCUCGCGGGCAGAAGAAGAAGAAGGUGGUGAAGUAUGGGAUGGGAGGUUUGAUCGUCAUGCUGCUCAUCUGCAUCGUUUGGUUCCCCCUGCUUUUCAUGUCGCUGGUCAAGUCCGUGGCCGGGGUGGUCAACAAACCUCUGGACGUAUCGGUCACCAUCACCCUGGGAGGCUUUCAGCCCAUCUUCACUAUGAGUGCCCAGCAAAAUCAACUGAAGGACAUCAGCAAAGCAGAUUUUUCAGACUUCAUGAAUUCGUACAACUACAUUCCGUCAGCGAUGCAGUUCUUGGAGGCAUACACGUCAGAGGAUGUGACUGUGGCGGAGCUGGAGGGCAGUUCCAAUUCCUUAUGGACCAUCAGCCCCCCCAGCAGGAAGAACCUUAUGGAUGUUCUCAGCAAGGAGGAAUACUUCCCUGUCACCAUGUCCUGGACCAUCCAGAGGAAUCUCAGUCUUGGAGCCAAAGCUGAAGUUGCGACAGAUAAACAUGUAGCAUACCUUGAUAUGACAACACGACAAGAGUUAGUAGAUCUACUGAAUGGGACCAGAAACCAGGCUGUGGUCAUAGCACAAGUCUUCCCAUGCUUCCUCAGAGCUCCCAGUGACUCCAAUGCCAAACCUAUAGAACAACUCCAUAAAGACAAUGGCUACAAGAACAUCCUGCUCGACCUGGAGAGAACCCACAACAGCAGUGGUGAGAUCCAGGAGUGGUGGAUCGUAGACCAGCCAUCGGCGGGACAGAUCCAGAUGAGGGGUGCGGCGGUGGGGAAGAAGAGAGAGGCAGGCCUCCAGCUCUACGUGUUCAGUGACAAAGUCAGCCCGCCCAGUCUGGGCUUCCUGGCAGGAUACGGGAUCAUGGGCCUGUAUGCGUCGGUGGUGCUGGUCAUCGGCAAGUUUGUGCGCGAGUUCUUCAGCGGCAUCUCCCAUUCCAUCAUGUUCGAGGAGCUGCCCGCCGUGGACCGCAUCCUGAAGCUGUGUACCGACAUCUUCCUGGUCAGAGAGACGGGCGAGCUGGAGCUGGAGGAAGACCUAUAUGCCAAGCUCAUCUUUCUCUACCGCUCACCAGAGACUAUGAUCAAGUGGACCAGGGACCAAAAAACUAAAUGACAGUGCCACCUAGUGGGGGGCAGAGACAUGAAAAAAGCACAAUCCAGCAGGAAGUCGCUAGCUCGCUACGCUCCCUGUAUUUUGGUCGGAUGGUAAUAAGGGACCCUCUCCCUAUCAAGCCUGCCAUGAAAAACAAUGACCUAUACAUGAAAGGUGACUUUGAAGAACAGCGGUGGCUGGUGGCACUUUAAAUUAGGAGGACGCGCUCAUAGUAAUGGCUGGAACGGAAUUAAUUUAGUGGUAUCAAAC